AUGCCUGCCGAGAAGAAACCGAUGCGCUAUGGGCACCCUGAGGGCCAGACAGAUGUCAGCUUUGAUGAUACCGGAAGGUGUAUAGUGACUUGUGGCAGUGACGGCGACAUUCGCAUCUGGGAAGAUCUGGAUGACGAUGACCCGAAGUCCUUCAAUGUUGGAGAAAAGGUGUACUCCUUCGCUUUGAAAGACGGAAAGGUGGUCACCGCCUCCUCCAACAAUGCAAUUCAGACUCACACCUUUCCCGCUGGGGACCCGGAUGGAAUACUGACGCGCUUCACCACCAACGCCAAUCAUGUCGUUUUUAACACGGACGGAACGAGAGUGGCGGCGGGCUCCAGUGAUUUCUUGGUGAAGGUGGUGCAGGUGGAGGACAGCAGCGUGCAGAAGACGUUCCGUGGACACGAGGCGCCCGUGUUGAGUGUUUCUUUUGACCCCAAGGAAGAUUAUUUGGCCUCUGCCAGCUGUGACGGGUCAGUGAGGAUCUGGAAGAUUGAAGAUCAGGUUUGUGAAGCCAACCUCUCUCUGCUGCCGAAAUGCAACGACGUGACCAACGCCAAGUCCCUGUGCAGAUUAGCAUGGCAGCCGCGGGGCGGGAAGCUGCUUGCCAUCCCGGUGGACAAAGCCGUUCACUUCUAUGACCGCGGGCACUUGGAAGAGCAGCUUCUGUCUGUCUGAUCAUUUUAUAACUCAGCCUCUGAAUGUGGUCACCUGGUCUCCCUGUGGACAGUACAUCAUAGCGGGAAGUAUUGACGGCUGCAUUGUGGCCUGGAACGUGGGCACCAAAGCUUGCUUGGAAAGGGUCAAGCAUGAGAAGGGUUUCACCAUCUGCGCUCUGGCCUGGCACCCUAAGCUGCCCCAGGUUGCCUACACUGAUAAUGAGGGCAAUCUCGGCCUGCUGGAGAAUGUCUGCCAAGGUGCUGCAAAGUCCGUGGAGAAGACCUCCGCGGCCACCACCAAAGAUUACGAUGCGUUGUUUGAUGAGGACGGCGAUGAUGAAGACUUCCUGAACACGGACAUGAUCGAUCACCAGGCGUCUGUCGGUGAUGAGGAGGAGGAGGAUGAUAACUUUGGACCUGUAUCAGGCCGAGCCAGAAUCCGGGCCAUCCUGGAUGAUGAUGACAAUUCUCUAGAUGUCCCGUCUCUAAAGUCUGUUGGUGUGGAAAAGCCAGACGGGGUUCGACGAGGAUGACCGAUCUACCGCCGCCGAAACCUGUUCCAUCGUUCCCUUCAAAGCCGGUUUAUAGUGGGCCGAUGCCAACACCACCGCAGAAACCCUUUCCAGCCGGGCUCUACCCCGGCGCAUCUCAUGCACCGCUUCAUGAUGUGGAAUUUGGGUUUUCGCUGUUACAACGAUGAGCAGGGACAACGCCAUAGACGUGGAAUUUUUGAACACCUCCGUACAUCACGCCGUCCACCUGACCAACACUUGAAC